AACGACACACGAAUAACAAAUAAGUUAAAUUAAAUAUACAAUUGCAUAAACAGCUUAAGUGAAAAAUUAUAGAAAAAUGUCUCCUGAAAUAAAAUGUGGUGAUUUAAUUUUAAAAUUAGACUUGGGAAAACCUAGUGAAACAGCCCAAAAUAAGGCUUUAAGGGAGCUAAGAGAAACCCCGGAUAAUAUUCAAAAUGGUUUAAUAGAAUUAAAAAGACUAUUACAAGAUGAAAUAGAUAUAAAAACACCCCAAAAUAAUGAGGAGUGGUUGAUGAAGUUUUUGAGAGCCUGUAAAUUUUAUCCAGAAAGUGCCAGAGAUUUGAUUAGACGUUAUUACACUAUACGCCGCAAAUAUAAGGAAAUAACAAAUGUCUUAACUCCCCUUAAACUGAAAUCGGUAUUUGAGGCAAAUUUGGUCUCCAUAUUACCUCAGCGAGAUCAACAUGGCCGACGCAUUAUAGUAACACUAAUGGGAAAACAAUGGCUGCACAAAAUCAUAUCAUAUGAUUCAGUCUAUGCCGCCACCACUUUAUGCUCGGAUUUAGUUCAAUUGGAACAGGAAACCCAAAUAAAUGGUGUAGUCUAUUUAGUGGAUUUGCAGGCAUUAUCAUUUGCUCAGGCUCUACAACAUACACCGUAUCGGACAAAACGUAUUCUGGACUAUAUACAAAAUAAUAUACCGCUAAGAGUCAAGGGCUUUCACAUUGUCAAUCAGCCGAAAAUCUUUGAACCCAUUUUUUCAGCUAUUAAAUUAUUUUUCAAUUCGAAAUUCGCCGAUCGCAUACUGUUACAUGGUUCGAAUUAUGAGUCGCUACAUCGUUAUGUAUCGCCCGAAUGUCUGCCGCAAUGUUAUGGUGGUACACUGAAAUCGGAAUUGACGUAUGGUCGUGAAACGUAUCAGUUGCUGUCACAUCAUCAGAACUAUUUUGAAGGCUUACAGCAGUAUGGUUAUAAAACGCAGUAGAUUGAUUUUUGGAUAUUUUGUUGUAUUCCUAUUAGGGUUAUAUAAGAGCAAUAAUGAUAUAGAAUUUCAUGGAUAAUAAACAAUAGUAAA